AUGUCGGUUUUAAUCAAGGGAUCGGAAGCCGUCCCCGACCCCGACCAAUGUAUCGAGGUCAUUCAAUUCGACGGCAAGCCAAGCAUUGGCUACGCCGAAUGGAAGUUCACAAUCCUCCGUUAUCUCGACUAUUCCGGCUUCCGAGGCUUUAUCGACGGCACGGCCUCACUCGGCACGCAAGCCACGGAGGACGAAAAGCUGGAGAUUAUGCGCAACAAAAUCACUGCCUACACGGUCCUUUGCGACUCCUUGCGCAAGUGGCUCGAAAGCGUUGACGUAGAAUCGCCCGAUCUGCCCGAUCGAGACGACUUCUUGGAAAUUCGGUUCGACAACACGUACAACGCGAAGCGGCUGUGGGAUAUGGUGGAAAACUAUUGCCGCGGUUACUAG